AUGGAGAGAACUGGUGGGGAUGAUGUGUCAUGGCUGCGACCACAUAGGCGGCAGCUUGACCUGCAGCAGCAGCAGCAGCAGCGGCAGCAGCAGCAACAGCAGCAGGAGGAGUUGUUGAGUCAGCUGUUGGCCCUCGCAGAGCAGCAAGCACAGCCAGGCGUGGGUAGGGUGUUGGAGCAACAAGGGAAGACAGGGCAGCAGCUGCAAGGGGGUAGCAGUCAAGCAGAAGCAUGUGUGGGGCCACAGCAUGCUGCCCAGGGAGCAGUGGGAGCAGUGGGAGCAGUGGGAGGGGUGGGAGCAGUGGGAGGAGGAGAGAGGACGUUGCAUGGUCUCGGUGACUUGGAUUGGCCACUUGCAGCCUCGCACCUCCUUGGCCUCACUAAGCCUGCUGUGUCUAUUCCAGCAGUGGCUCUUCCCGAUGUGACUAUGCCCAUUGAGACUACUCCUGAUGUGGCUAUUCCUGAUGCGACUCUGCCUGCCGUAACUGUGUCUGCUGCUGGCACCCUGCCUGACUCUUCUCCUGCCAUUCCUUAUCUCACCUCUGGGCCUCUUGCCUCUGCUAUUGCUUCUGCUCUUGCUGCGUACGGAUCUUCAGCUGGUGGUGGCGUUACAUCUCAUUGUCCUUCACGUGCUGCCAUUCCUCCUCCUGAAGUCCAUGCCCGGUCGAUUCCACCUGCCUCCAUCCCACCACGCCAGCAGCAGUCCUUCUCCUCCUUGCAGCCGCCUGUCUUUCUCCCUCAGCCCAACUUGGCGCAGCAGCAGCUGCAGGAGCAACAGCAGCCACGGACCACUGGGUUCACCUUUGACCAGCAACAGCAGCAGCCAUUGACCUCUCAGCCUACCUUUGCCCAUCAGCAGCAGCAGCAGCAGCAGCCUCAGCAGCAGCAGCAGCCUUUGAAAUCUCGGCCUGUCAUGAGCCAGCAGCAGGAGGCUGGUGCUCUGACAGGGCAGCCAUUGCAAGGGGAGAAUGCAGGAGGGACUGAGGAGGGCGAGCUGGCACAGCUGGAACAGCUCCGCCAGUUGCUGCUCUUACAGGAGCAGCUUAUAAGGGAUCAACCAGGAAAGGAGGAACUUCAGCUGGGGAUGCAGGGGUUGGUGGAAAUGAAUGGUGUGGAUUGGUGUGGGGACUUGAGUCAGCAGGUGGAGAGAGAGGGGGGAGUGGCAGUAGGGCGUGAGGGACAGUGCCGGUCAGAGGAAUAG